AUGGGCGAAUUAACUAUGGUUACGUUUUGUCAAUUUCUAGCUAAUAUAACUCUUAAUCGAUGCCAUUUAGUUGAAAAUUCGAAUACAUGUCGAUGUGCUGGCGAUAUUAUUAGGCCAAUAUCACCAAAAGUUGCUCCGGGUUCCGCGCCUGAUAUUAUGUCAAGUGAAGUAUUCUUAAUAUUUUUUGUUUUGGCUAUAUGGCUUUCAGCCAUUGGAUUUUGUCUUAAUCAAUAUAAAUCACUUCGUCGACUUGAAACACAAGUACAUUAUUGCGUUAAUCGAAAAGAUCCAUUGAAUAUUGGUGAUAUAAAAAUUGUUGCACGCGAACAAGAUUCAAUUAUAUAUAAAAAGAAACGUUAUUCAACACUACUUGAUACGCAUGUUAAUACUGAAGAAUUGAAAAAUAUAAAUUAUGUACAACAAUAUUUACCGAAAAAUCCUUCGGCGACAAUCCCAUCAACAUUAUCUAAUAGUGCUAUUAAUCAAGUUGAUCUUCCAGAUAAUACUCCUGUAUCGAUUGUCGUUGGAUUUAAUUCAACAAAUACUACUCCAUCAAGUAAUCGCCAAGAAACAACUGACUAUCAAGCAUCAAUAGCACACUUAAAAUCUAGUAUAGGAUCAAAUAAACUUAUUGAGAACAUUCAAAAUAUGCAUCGAACAGUAGUGAGUGCUCGAUUUCCAACAGGCCUUGCCAUUCCACAUAUUUCCAGUCCAAGUAGUUUACGUUCAUCGUGGAAUGAUUCAAAUUUGUAUGAUGCGAAUGGUUUCACUAAACAUUUAUGUGUUCCAUCGCAUAGCCUACGAUCUAAUCGUCUUUCUGAAGGCAAUAUAUCAUUGCCGGUACCAAGGAUAAGUCAACAUUAUGGUGAAAAUUCCAAUGAAAAAUUACUUGAUCCUCGUCUAAUACCUGCGGCAGUUCGUCGAAGUUUAUUAGCAUUACAUCGUGAAAGUCAAGAAAAUAUAAAUCUGCUUAAAAAGAAGGAUAAAACAAGAUCCGAAAAUGAUGUAAAUGGAUCAUUUACUGCGUGGAAAAUUAAAAUGAAAUCAAAACUAAAACGUACACACCAUCAACAACAUCAAACACGUUCAUACUCGAAUACAUUUUUAAUAUCAACCGUACGACGUAACAGUAAUGAUGGUGAUCAAUCUAAACUAGAACAGAUUUUCAUUCAAAAUGAAUUACAAAAUUCAACACAACCAUAUGCUUGUUCCGCAACACCGAUAAUUCCAUCAACUCGACGUAGUUUAGCACAUUAUCAAAAAUGUUCAACGCAAAGUACAAGUGAAAGUGAAACAAUGCCAGGUGAAUUGCCAACAACGACAAGUAUAUGUUGUAUAUCAGCAGAUGAAGGUGAAUCAAUUCUAACAGUUAUCGAAAACAAUUGA